AAAAAAAAAAAAAAAAAAAAAAAAAAUCACCGGAUGAAAAGAGAAAAUACGUACAUCGAAACCAGAGAAACAAUGUCCCCAUGGCAGUCCCUGUCGAGAAUAAGAAAGACGACUUCGUCUUCUAUCCAGCCUUCUGCUUCAAGGCGUCCCCAACCCAUUUCAGCUGGGUGAAAAUGACAGCUACAGACAUGCAGAGACUUGUAAAAAUAAAAGGAUUUGAAGGUCAAAAUACCUUCUUCUACAACAACCAUCCCAUCCGCUUCGUAACCCUCGUCGGCCUCAUAGUCGCCAGAACAGAAGCCUACCGCCGCACGAUCCUAACGCUAGAUGAUAGCAGUGGCGCAACAGUCGACAUUGUUGUCCUGAGGGCCGAGAAUCCAGUAGACGCUCCCACAACGGCAGCAGCAACGGAAACUGCUGAAACUGCGAUGGCACCCUCUCAUCUAACAGCGACGGCAAAAACACCCCUGGACAUCGCCUCCCUGGUCCCCGGGGCCCUGGUGAAAGUGAAGGGGACCCUCUCGACCUUCCGCGCUGUGACGCAGGUACAGCUAGAACGCUUCUUCCCCGUCCCGAACACGAAGGCAGAGAUGCAGUUCCUACGUGACCGGGUCCAGUAUCUCGUUGAUAUACUUUCCGUGCCAUGGGUGUUAACGGAUGAGGAGGUGGAGCAGUUGCGUCUCGAGGCGGAUGAGGAGGGGAGGGAGGCUGAGGAGGCCAGAAUCCGGCGGGAACAGAGGGCGAGAAGACGAGUCGAGCGGGAGGAGAAGGAUCGGAGGCGCAUUCGGAAGAUGUAUGAGCUUGAGGAACGGGCUAGGGAAAAAGAGGCGAGGCGUUGUCGGGAGGCUGGGAGGAAGUUGAUGUUAGAUAUUAAAUGGAGAAGUAGAAGGGAGGAGACAUGAG